GACGGUGGGGCACGUCCUCCUGACGCUGAUCCACGUCGCAGCCCUGUCUCAGGCGAACUGGCUGCGUAUGUAUGCGUGUCUCCAGCUAGGCCAGAGAGUGAUGGCGGCGCCCGUCCUGAGAGUGUCCACCCCUCGGUGGGAAAGAAUAGCUAGGCUUCUUGUUUGCGUGUUAGGCAUACUGUUGUCUCUGUACGCCUUUCACGUCGAGAGGGAAAAGGCUCGGGAUGCGAGUUACAAGGCUAUGUGCGACGUCAGCAGCUCCAUCAGCUGUUCAAAAGUGUUCACCUCAAGGUGGGGUCGAGGAUUUGGACUCUUAGGUUCAAUUUUUGGAAAUGACAGUGCACUGAACCAACCCAACAGUGUCUACGGGAUUGUCUUCUAUGCCUUUCAGCUCCUACUAGGAAUGACUGUCAGUGCAAUGGCCGCCCUUAUUCUCAUGACGACAUCCAUCUUGUCGGUGGUGGGUUCGCUCUACCUGGGCUACAUCCUCUACUUUGUCCUAAAGGACUUCUGCAUCAUCUGCAUCACCACAUACGCGCUGAACUUCAUUCUCUUUAUUCUCAACUACAAGCGACUGGUUUACUUGAACGAGGCCUGGAAGCAGAAGCUUCAGGCCAAGCAGGACUAAGCUGUCGAGAACGGAAAGAAAAGUAUGACAAACAACCGAAAGAAAAAAAAAAAUGAAAUGUGACCUCUGAACAUUUGACUUGCCACCAGGAGACCUUGCUUCCAAACAAUGUUUAUUCCGCUCUGUGUUCAAAAAAAA